CCAUACUGCCGGUAUAAAUACAGGCUCUCCGUGAGCGGCAGUCACCGCUGAUUGACACCAACCGUCGUCAUGCCCGAGCAAACCGCCAAAAGUGCGCCGAAGAAAGGCUCCAAGAAAGCCGUCAGCAAGACGGUGAGUAAGAGCGGCAAAAAGAGGAGAAAGACCCGCAAGGAGAGCUACGCCAUCUACGUGUACAAGGUCCUGAAGCAGGUCCACCCCGACACCGGCAUCUCCUCCAAGGCCAUGAGCAUCAUGAACUCCUUCGUCAGCGACAUCUUUGAGCGGAUCGCUGGAGAAGCUUCCCGCCUGGCUCAGUACAACAAACGCUCCACCAUCACUUCCAGGGAGAUCCAGACGGCUGUCCGUCUGCUGCUGCCCGGGGAGUUGGCCAAGCACGCCGUGUCCGAGGGAACCAAGGCCGUCACCAAGUACACCAGCUCCAAGUAGACUGUCCUGCUCCUCACCCCCCCACAGCCCCCACCAACGGUCCUUUUAAGGACCAC